AUGUGCCCAGUCUUCCCACAACGGCGACAUGUGGCGUCCCAAAACCUGCAUGUCCGACGCUCGUGGUUUUCUCUGCAGCUGGCGCAGGUCCCUCGAGGUGUGUCAGAUGAACGCUGGUUCAAUGAUGCGCUUGUAGCUUGGGAGCGGUGGUGUCGGUCGGAUAGGUCCGAAGCUCAGUGGACAUCCUCAUUGUGGGGACCUACGGAAGACGACCGGUCUUGCUGGAUGCGGUGA